AAGGAAGUGACUUGGAAAGACGAGUCCUGCCAAGGAAGUAUCCUUGACAUUGAGAAACACCUAUUGAGAAACACCUAUUGUGCAGGUGUGAUGUUCCGCAUUUUUGUUUAAAGGGUGUAAACCUUACUUUCUGAUUAGAGAUGGCGAAACCCAAGUUAAUAGUUUUUGACCUUGAUUACACCCUAUGGCCGUUUUGGGUGGAUAUUUAUGUUUGUCCUCCAGUCCACAUAGAUGACAGUGGCACUGUGAGAGACUCAAGAUUUGCUAAAGUUUCUCUUUACGACGAUACUGAAAAGAUCUUGAGCUCACUCCAUAGCCAAGGAUUCAAGAUUGGCAUCGCAUCAGGGACCAGCAAAAUGGAGGAAGCCAAUCAGCUGCUGUCACUUUAUAAGCUCAACCAAUACAUUUCCUUCAAGGAGAUUUACCCCGGGUCAAAGGUCACUCACUUUAAAAGGCUUAAAUCUGACAGUGGGGUCCAGUUUACUGACAUGAUGUUUUUUGAUGAUAAAGAAAGGAACAUUGUGGAGGUCGGACAUCUUGGUGUUCAUUGUACGUUGGUUCAAAACGCCAUCACAUGUAAAUUAGUCAACGAUGAACUUGAGAAAUUCAAGAGAAAGCAGUGACGUCCGUCUGUGCUUCUGGAGAUGCAGCAAGUGCGCUGGACACCUGAAGUAAUUUUAUGUAAUGGACCUCAGCAAUGAGCUUCUCCACAGUGCCAUUUCAAAUGCACAUGCACUUUAUAUUCAAGUAGAUUUGAUUGGCUGUCGUUGGUUUAUUGUUCAUAAGACAAAAAAAGUCCAGAAAAUGAUCCCAACAAUAUUGUAUCUUUAUCGUUAGUUGUGGUGUGAACUCAGUUAUUCUCUUUAGAAUAAAACCAUUUUUAAAACAAUUUCUUUAUAGUUAUUGUUGUCUUUAUCAUGUGAACAGCACUUAAAUGUAAA